AUGGUCCCAAAGGGGCCUGACAACUUAAGAGUGGUUAGUAUAAAAGUCAGUGCAGCAGGGUAAAGCUGAAGUUUUACCAGCUGUGAGGCUUUUCUUCCAUGAUUUUUCUCCUUUGCAGAAAUUUUUUUCUCCUCCUAUGACAAACUUCAAGUUAACCAGUUUGGAAAAAAGGAAAGAAUGAGCAGUAUUGUACAAGAUGCUUCUCUUCACAAAGAGGACCUGGUUGCCAGGCAGCUUUACCAGAAGGCAUUGAAACUUGGUCAGAAACUCAACAUCAUCAUCUCUAAAAGCAGCAGUACCAACCAAGAUGUUUUCAAACCCUAUAGCCUCACACUAAGGAAUCGGAUUGAACAGCUUUGCAUUAAGAUUAUGUUUCUGAACCCAGUGCAGUAUGGAGAGAAAGCAGAAGAACUCCUAUGGAUAAAUGUGUAUUAUAAUAUCAUCCUGUUAAUGUUUAGGAAUAGAACACAUCACAUUAAUGUAUGUGAUGUUGACUUGAAAACACACUUAGAAAAAGGAGUCAUGUUUUACCAAAAUCUUUUCUCCUUCCUUCAAGAACAUUAUGAGCUAGAACCUGAAAGCAACUGGACUCACAAAAAUAUUAUAGACUGCAGGCGAGUAGUGCUUGCCUCAGAGAAGGAAGUGGAGUGGGCCCGAAUGGCCUGCUAUCACUGUCUGCUGUAUUUGGGAGACCUGUUUCUCUUUCACAGUCGUAUUAGAUGCAGAGAUUUUAAGGCGAGGGCUAUAAAACAUUAUUUUCAGGCUUUAUCUAUGGCCCCACAUAUGGGGAGCCCUUAUAAUCGGCUAGCAAAUUUAGCUGGUGAUAACUAUUACCAUGUAAGUGCAGCUUUCUUCUACCAGUGUAGUAUCCAGUCAGAAGUGCCUGCUAGGGAUGCAUCCUUUUACCUCAGAAGUUUAUAUGUCAAGGUUGUGGAAAUGUACAACCAGAUGAUGACAUCUUCAGGACAGGAGAGGUGUGAACCCAAUAAAAGACUACUAGUGAGCUUUUUGUACCUUCAGAACUUCCUGCAGCCUGACAGCUGUAUGGACCCCAGACUGGCUUUGUUGUCUCAGUCCAUACUGGAGGACUUCCGUCUCUACCUCUCCAGUGAGAUCAAAGGGGAGCACAAAAAUGGCUUCUCCCUACCAGAUCACGUCAUUUUUCACAUGGUGACUUUAUGUGUCAUGAGUGUAUACAGCCUGAAGAAGGCUGUGGGGGUUUCUCAGAGCAGGGCUGCCAUCAUCUUUAUUUUAGUGUUAUUCUCUCAUCUUGUCCAUCAUGUGAAUAUAAGCAUCCAGUCAGAGUUGGAUGGAGUGAGUGUCUCAGAGCUCCAGAAGACUGAUUGUAUCCAGAGGAAAAAAUCAACCUUUCUAGCUCAUGAUUUUGAUUUGAAUACAUCUUUGGACAAUUCUCAGUUUGCCUCCUCCUCUGAACGUUGUUAUGGUUAUAUUUUGGGAGCUUCAGAAAAUGACAGUAACCAAAGCCAUAUUUCAUUAGAAGAGAAUGAUGACUGGGAAGAGGAAAUAUUCAGUUUUAGCAGUUCUACUUCAGACUCCUCCAUGGAGAAUGAAGUCUACUGCCCACUAAUUCUAGAUAAGCUGCUGGAGUUAAGAGAUAGUUCAAGGUCUCAAGCUCUCUUAAGGGGAGGUUUAGGAAACUUUAAUUUUCCCUUUAUUGGGGAGAUAGAUACUUCUAAAGCAAUGGGUAAUCAUAAAUUCCAAACCUCACAAAAUGCUCUAAGGAAGUCUUGCUCAAAACUUAGAGCUGUCACUAGUAAGAAGCAUCUAGAGUGUGACAAACUUAGGAACACAAGGGAAAGAGAGCUUAGUAGUAGUAGGCAGGCCUGUCUUAAACGUAAGCUCAGGAAAAAGCUUUGCUGUUUUGCUACUCAGAAACUGUUCUACACCAUCAAAGUGUUCCUGGACUGGCUUUGGAUUGAUCCAGAUCUCACUUUGGAAUGCACACAUAGCUCUCCAAGUUUAUGGAGCCACCUGGCUGUAUUGCUGAAUUUACUGCCCACCAUAGAAGAAUAUCAAGAAGCCCAACUUAAUUUGUCCAGUCACAUUUGGGACUUGGUAUUGAUUAGUGAGAAAUCAGACCUCCCCAUCUCUCUGCUGCUCCCUGAGGACUCACGUAUAUGUAACCUCUUGCCAAUGAAGUCAGCCCGCAAAUCAAUUUGCUUUAUGCAGGUCCCACCCCUACUUAGUCCCUUAGAGAAGGGCAUUUUGUAUACUUGCUUCCUACGCAGCUUUGGUAACUUUGCUGCCCAGCUGCAUGAUAGCCUCCUCAGAUUCUUCCCCAGCCUGGGCAUCUUCAGAAGCAUAGUUUCAGCUAAGAGCCCCCUGAAGAGACAGAAGGCUUCAUUAAAUAUCUUUGUGAAGAAUGGGUCUCAGCAGCUAUUCGAUCCAGAAUUGUCUUUUGUGUAUGCUCGAAGGAUGCUACCUCUUUAUCUGGUUCCUGACACCCAAGCACUCUGUCAGUACUUGCCAAUCAUCCAAGAACUUAUCAUGAAUGACGGUUUUAUUGUGAUUAUCUCUAGCAUUGUUAUUGAUGAACUAAUUUUCCUGAAACACAAAGAACCUGGAGCUUGUGCUGUCAUCAGUUUAUUAACGGACAAGAUGAAGGAAAAAAGUCACCUAUGUUUCCAAACAAAUGCUGGGAAGAAGGAUGUAAAAUCCAGCAUGAAUAGGAAAAACCCUGAAGCAAGGGAUUUGAAUAAGAUUCUGGAGGAAUGUAAAGGCCUAGUGAGGGGUCUCACCUCUGAUACUGAUGACCGUAGCCACAGGAUGAAUAUCCUUACAAGUAUUGUUGUGAACAAUCCCAGUACUUUUUGUCAUCCCCUGUUGUCAGAUUUUCAGACUUCUGCCACUAUCUCAGUAGAAAUCAAACACAUUCUACAGUUCUAUAGAGAAUGGAAGAUGAUCAACUAAGUCUUCCUCAUUUCCCCCAGAAUAUACAUACAGGAACAUUUUUUUCUUGCCAUUCUCCUGUAAGAACAUGGUGUUUGUGGGUUAAAAGAUAAUGAAGAAAUUCCUUAUCUUGUUAAACACUAUAGUGAUUCCCAGAAAUCUGUUCAAUGAUUUUCUGUGUUCAGUUUUGCUAAAAACAUUGGAGAUCACUUCUUGAUAUAAGGAAUGAAACUAUCUUAAUAUCCACUCUUACUGUGGUAUUUUGGCAGGUAAAAUGGGAUAUUCAUUUCAACCUAGCCCAGAUCAAUUUCUUUUUAUUUUAAAGAAUCCUUUAUUGAUAAUAUCACAUGUUUAAAGAUGAUACUCUGAAUCAUGUGAGUUCAUUUUAGCUAUUUUAACAAUAAAUUAUUGAUUUUAAUGA